AUGGAUAAAUAUGAGCUGCGUUGGGGUAGGGUGUUUUGUCGCCGGGAGGAGGAACGAGCACGAGGUGAGCCGUCACGCGAGCGCGGGCGAUCUCUGGAGCGCUCGCCGCGAAGGCCGGCAUUUCGCGCAGAUAGAGUCCCCGUCGCUGGGGAUCGACGGGCGGAAGGGAGGCCUAGCGUGGCAGCGGGUGGAGAAGGAGACGCCGCAAGCGCGGACGGCGACGUGUGGCGAAGAGGGCAUGAUCGCGGAGAUGGAUACGGGAGCGGAGACCGGCGCGCUGUGGGAGUGUUCCGCUCGCUGGAAGAGCACGGGCGCCGCCGUGAUGAGAGGGGCCGUUGGCCGGGCGUCGAGCGAUUCGACGCCAACCGAGGAGGGGAGGCCGCAGAAGAGGAAGAGGCAGAGGAGGACGCAGCGAACCUGGAACGAGCGGUCGAAGACGCCGACGGAGAAGAUGACGGCGAGGAACCCGCCGCUGGGAUCGGAAACGCCGAGCCGGAAGGGGCGUACGUUGCCGGGGGCGCAAGCCAGGCAGGGGCAGAAGGAUCGCGGUCGGGACGGUCGGAAUCACGCGACCACGACGCAAGCCGCCAGGAGGAGCAUUACGCGGAGAGGUCACAUCAGCAGGAGCGGCGGGACUGGGGCGUGCAUGCCGGCGCUGCGGGGACGCAAGGAGAACGCGGCAAAAGGGAGGAAGAGGGACCGCGCGCGUCAGGGGAAGGAUCGCGGCGCCGGGAGCGGCCUUCUGUUGACCCCCGCGCACUCGACUGGCGCCAGGCUCAAGGGGGCCGGGGCGAAGACGGCGAACGAUCGCCGGACAGGCAGCUGAUGCAUAAGGGAGGAUGGGAGGGCGAGCCACGCGCAGCCAGCCACCACUGGCGGCGGGAAGAAGGACGCGAGGAGGGGCCCAGCUCAUCAGAGAGGCGCGGCCAGCGGCAAGAAGGGCGCGGCGGGGAGGCACGGACCAGCGGGGAAGAGAAGGCGGCGGAGACAGGCGCUCGCCCGGAGAUCGUCGGCAGCAAGGAAGGGGAGAAGCAUGGGAACCGUCGCCAGAGAAGCAGCGGCAGCGAGAGACGAGCACGGCGAGAUGGAGAGAGACACGAGUCUCGCCGGCACGAACGCGAGGGCGUGCGUGGGAGGAGAGGGGCCCGAGAGAAAGGCACGGUGACUCGGGCUGGAAUCGGCGGGAGAGCAGAGCUGGAGGGGGGAGCUUAG